CUUCCCACCUGUGCUGGGCCUUGGGGGAGGGCCAGCUGGGCUCACACGCGCGCUCCAGGUGCUGGAAGAAGGACCACUGGCUGGAUGGGGUGACCAUGUGUCCCCGGGCCCUCCGCCUGCUUCGGGGGCUGUGCCUCUGGUUGCUGCUGGGCACCGUGAGCGGGAACCGGAGCUGCGUCUUCUAUGAGACCCCCCACAACCUGCAGGGCUCCAUGCGGCACCAGGGGCGUCUCCUGGCGGGCGCUGAGCACGGCACCAUCCUCUGCCACUCCAGCCACUGCUGCUUUGGGAUCUGGAACCAAAGCCACGGCCGGCUCCAAGCGGUGAUGCAAGGUUGCUGGGGCAGCGACCGAGAUGGCUGCGACUCCCCAGCCUGCAAAACCAGCCCCGUCCACACCGCCGGGGUCAUCUUCCAGCGCUGCCUGUGCCGCUCCGACUUCUGCAAUGCCAACGUCAGCCAGCUUGGGGCCCCUGCAGCGCCGCAAGCCUCGGCUGGGUCUGCUCCGACGGGCACCACCUGGAUCGCCGUGGCCUGCUCACUGCUGUUCUUCCUCAGCUGUCUGGCCUUCCUAGUGCUGAGAAGGGUGAAGGUCUGUGCAGUGCUGCUGUGCCAGGAGGAGAGCGGCGAGCUGACCAAAGUCACCAUAGACCCCCAUUCCAGCCGUGAGAGGGAACUCCCCAGCCAGGAGCUGCCCGCGCUCCAGUUCCUCCAGGUGCUCCAGGAUGGGCGCUUCUCCGUGGUGUGGCAGGGCACCCUGCACCAGACGCCCGUCGCAAUCAAGGCCUUCCCCGACGCCUGCUCCCAGCACUUUGCAGCCGAGUGGUCCGUGCACAGCCUGCCCCUGAUGAACCACGACAACGUGGCCCGGCUCCUGGCGGCUGGGCGAGGAGGGGUGCGCGGGGAACAAGGGAGCCUGUUGGUGCUGCAGCUCUACCCAGCGGGUUCCCUGAGACACUUCCUGAGCCAGCACGUCAGCACCUGGGACACCACCAUCAGACUGGCCCUGUCGCUGGCCCGGGGGCUGGCCUUUCUGCACGAGGAGCUCUGGCACAACGGCCUGCACAAACCCAGCGUGGCACACCGGGACCUGAGCAGCCAGAACGUGCUGGUGCGGGAGGACCAGAGCUGCGCCAUCAGCGACUUCGGCCUGGCCACGGCGCUGCCCGCAUGCCUGGAGCAAUGGGGCGGCGGCCGCAUGGAAGCUGCUGUCAGGAAGGCAGGGACCCAGCGGUACAUGGCCCCCGAGAUCCUGGAUGACAGCCUGGACCUGCAGGUCUGGGGCCGCGCGCUGAAGCAGGCCGACAUCUACUCCCUGGCCCUGGUGCUCUGGGAGAUCCUGUCGAGAUGCUCGGGGCUCUCCCCAGACUGCGGGGUCCCUCCCUUCCAGCUGGCCUACGAGGCGGAGCUGGGCAGCAGUCCCACGUAUGGGGAGCUGAGGAGACUGGCCGUGGAGGAGAGGAGGAGGCCAGCCAUCCCCGACUCCUGGAGGGGGACAGGCCAGGUCGCCAUCUGCCUGCGGGAGCUGCUGGAGGACUGCUGGGACCCCGACCCCGAGGCCCGGCUGACGGCUGAGUGCGCCCGCCAGCGGCUCCAGUCCCUGGGAGCCGAGUUGCCGGCGGGGGUGUGCUGAGCUGGCAAGGGGUGCUGCCCCCAUUCUCACCCGCCACCAGGCCACAGUGCCUGGGAAUGCUCCUUGGGCCUCGGGUUGGCACUGACGGAGGGAGAGGAACUCUGGGGGCAGGGAUGGUGCCACGCCUGUGUCACCCCAGCUUUUGCCGGCACAGUUUAUAAACACGGCUGGGCUGCUGCCCAGCCGACCACCCCCACCUGGGCCGGAUUCGAACCUGCCGCUGCCCCCUGCUGGAUGGGAUCAGAGCUGCCUGAGCGCAAGUGUGAACCGAUUGGCCCCUUAUGGAGCUGACACAGGUCUUGUCCAUACCCCCGGCAGGCAGGAGGGGUGUACGCCGCACGGCAUCCAGCGGGUGAGUGGGGUGCAGGCGGCUUGGCCAGAAGCCAUGUCUGCAUGGUUGUGGCCAUGGGUUUGUUCCCCAGAUCAAGGGAUCGAGCCCCAUUUCUGUUUGGUUGGCUGCUUGUGAUCAAUAAAUUGUGUGCCCUGUA